GGGCGUAGAAGGUCCAGAACGUCCAGAAGUCCAGAAUUGUAUUCGGCAUGGUACGGUUGCAUGCGAAUUAAGGUUUAUGGUGUUAGUGGCAUCGGUUGUUGUAUUUUCGGCAAAGUUUUGAAGAAAUAUUUUGCAUGAAUUUCGUAGAUCGUAACAAUGUCAAACAUCUGCCCAAAAAUUGCUUCUGAAUCCUCGGUGUAUGAGCUUACGAGUGUUUUAAAUUUUCUUGGGAAUGACAGAGUGGAACAUAAUAUCAGUCGUAUAAUUUUAGGUUUGGUUUCGUCCAUAUCGAUAGACGAAAACCCGGAUGUAAAGAAAUUGAAUAUAUUGAUGUCUGUGUUGAAAGUGAAAUAUAAUUUGAGAGAUGUAAAAGCUGUAGCAGGGGAUAGUACACUGGACUAUAACACCAUAUUUAAUUUAUGUGUAUCAUUACUGGAUCACAGUAGUGACCUUAAUGGUGAGUGUUUUUUUAGUCUUUGUAGUGUUCUUCAGCAGACAUUACUCUUAAUGGGGAAGGACACCUUUUAUAGUAGUGUUACAAACAUUGUGAUGAAAUGUAAACAGGAUUUGACGUUGUUUGUGAACAGUGGAGACAUUGAAGAAAGUAAAUAUGCAUAUACAAGUAGACCAGAAGUAAGUUUAAGAAUUUUUGAAACUGUUUUUGCUGCACUGCUGCAGAAACAAGAGGUAGACAAUACAUUUAAUCCAAAUGAAAUUGAAAAAAAUAAGUUAGUGGAUGAGGACAUGCAUAAUUUGAUUGCGAGCCUUGUUUGGUGUGGUGUGGAGCACAUUUCAAUUCAAACUUUGCAGUCUCUCAUCCCAAAGGUGCUCAUGUAUGGCACAGAUAUCACUUUGCUCCAGAAAAUAUGGAGACAUACAACAGAAAGCUUUCAAAGUGACCUAUCACAUACAUUCCAAAUUCUGUGCAUCCUUGCACAAUUUUAUCUUCCCUGUGGCUCACAGAAUGUUCAGAUUAGCUACAAUGUAGCAGAGGAGAAUAUCUUCUGGAAGAUAUUACAAAGUGGACUGAUAAGUACCGAUCCACUGGCUAGGAAGAAGGCACUGUACCUAAUGAAAAGAGCUGUUGAUGGGUUUUGUCACAAGAAUACUUCUUUCACUCUUCAAUGUCCUGAUGCAGUUUUCUGGUGGGACCCAAAUUAUUCAAGUAAGAUAUGGGAGCAGUUCUUUCUUAUUAUUGAAAGUCUGGAAGAAAAGCAAGUCCACUUAAUCAGGCCAGUUUUGCCAGUCGUUAACUUUCUUUCUACACCAUCGAAGGAAGGAAAAGUCCUGCAUAUAUCAUUGAUUUUAUGUGUAUUCUGUAGAAUUAUAAGCCAUGACAACAGUUUUGUUGUUAAAUGGGGAAUUAUAAACUUCGUUCGAAUUCACAGAGAGUGUCAUUUUGUAAGAUACGGAAAUACAAUACUGGGAUUCCUUGACCCAUUAAUGAAUGCUGUGAAUAAUUCAGCUUUGUACAGUGGGAACCCUGAACAGUGCUGUGUAUCUGAAGUUGGAGAAGCACUGCAGUAUUUAUUUGAGAGUGUCAUUGUGGAAUCUUCACAUGAUGAAUGUCGUGCAUUCUUUUGUUGCUUGCUGGAUGUGAUUAACUGCAUUUCAUGGGCUCCUGUGCCUUUGUUUAAUGUAACUUAUGCACUGGCAUGUGUACCCAGUAUUCCAGUCUGGGAUGAGCAGAGACUUGGAGUAGUAAAAGAUUUUAUCUCGGAAGCACUCAGAUGUCAAUGCACAUUCAUUCGAGGGGCAAUUCAGUGUAUGCUUCUGACUACAACAAUCCAUUUUGCAGACUGUGACUCACUCAGUGUUUGCACAGUUUCACAUUAUCUGGGGAUCUAUAGAAGUAGCGAGUCGCUAAAGCGAGGAACGUCAUCUUGGCAUGACACUGUGGAGUGGAUUAAAAUGUUUGUCAGUAAGGAGGAUGCAGCUAGGUUUGUUAACAUGACACUUUCAACUUCAGCGGAUGGGGUGUGUCUCAGUACAAGAGCAGUGGCUCGAAUGGUUAUACUGCUGUGUGAUGCUGCACUAUUGCCAUGCUGUAUGAUGGAUGAGACAUGCUCACUGGCCAGAUCGUUGUACACAGUACUGUCAUGUUUCCACAACUGUGAGAAAAGACUGUAUGCCAGUGAAGCAGUACAGAACCAUGCUUUACAGCUGAUUAUGUGUUUGCUAAAUGAAAGUCACACAAUGAGUGGAGAUGAUUUGGUUAGGAAAACAGUAUCAAGUCAUGUGAACUUGAUGAUGGAUCAGAUAUUUGCAUUUAUUAGUAGAAGAAUGUCAUCAGUUACACACUUACAAGAUUACCAUCUGGUGGACACCUACCUUUCUGCACUGAGUGUUUUUGCUGAUGAGCCACGCCUCAUGCCUGAGGUUAAAGCAAACCUCAGAAAACUUGAAGACAUAGCACUACAGGUGCUAGUGGCACCCACCGCUCCACCCAUGUGCCAUUAUUUCAGUAUCAAAGCAUUAUCAUAUAUAUCUUACUGGUUGAGGAAACACUGUCAUUGCACCUGUGCUGCUAGUAAGCCUUGUGUUAUUUUACAAAGACAAAGCAUACUGAUAAGUCACAUAGUCAGGAAUGGGAAGUUGAAUUCACCCCCUGUGAAGCAGGACACAGAGCUGAAGCUGACACGGGAUUUACAAAGACUGUGGGGAAAGCUGACAUCUGGGUAUCUGGAAGCAGGUUGGUCCAUUGUAGCAAACUUCUUACAUUCCUGCCACAGUGCUGAGGAUCAAGUUUUGUCCUUGAGAAAUGCUGAGGACAUUGUUAGUGAUAUUGCCAUAGCACUUGAAAUUGGAGGCAUGAAUGUGUUGGUACCACUGAUGAAUAUUAUGGAGAAGAUGUUGCCAAAAUAUUUGAUCAGUGAAAUGUUCAAGCUGGUUUCUAGUUGUUGGAAAAUGAUAUUUGAAUUACGCAAGACCGAGUUGUUCUGGACAACCAUGGAAGCAUUCAUACAGAUGCUGUUCCAGCCAUCAGUGAUGGCUACUGCGACCUGUCGAGAUCAUUUGCUUCAGUACUCGGACAAAAUUUUCUUCCAUGGGCAAGCGAUAACUGGCCUCUGUAACAUGCUGGUCAUGCAACUGCAGAAAGUGGUCACGCUUUCUUCACCGGACAUUCUGGAGUAUUACUGUACCAUUAUGGUGGAGGCCUUGACAUUUGGACCAGUGCAUCGACGGGACCAGAGGGUGAUCAUGGACACAUGCAGGUUCAUCUCUUCACUUGGCGACAAAUGUUCCAUCAAUGAGCUGAUCUCCAAUGAUUGCUGUGUAGAUAAUGAAGUACGGGCACGGGCUGUGCAGUUAUUACUGUCUGCAUGUGGCAGCAGCAGAAGUCACCAAGUUGCUGGAAAGCUGAUGGAUGCACUUAUAUUGAAAGACCAGACUGAAUCGUCAUGUAAGAAUCGCUAUUAUGGUGACUCAUACCUUCAUCGCUUGAAACAUCGUAUCAUGCAGAGCCUUCUGAUCCUAGAACCACUGCUUGAUAGAGAAAUGGCAGAAAAGCUUAUGCUGUGGCUCCAAGACAGUCUUCUGAUGGAAAGCCAACAGCCAAGUGUCCGCUACCAGCAAGAAUGGCUUCUCGUAAGGCUUGUGUACCACCAUCUUGACCUGCGAGAUAGAUUGUGGGACACAUUUGAGCAGGCAAGAGAGAAACGGUCUGGCAGCAUAUGCUCAUUCAUUGCUGUUGCGUACCAUGUGUCAUGUGUGCUGAAUGAUGAGCAGGAAAUGUUUGUGGAAAGGAGUGUGCAUAAGAUACUGCCUUGGUGCAUGGCCCAGCACUUUAGCAUGCGCCUCUAUGCUCAGACAGCAUUGCUGAAGCUGUUUGCGCUCUGUAAGCUUCAACAUCAUGACCAAAUUGCUGAAAAGUAUGCCAUAGUGGAGUCAAGUUUGCAAGCCAGUAUGGCACAUGGCAACACUGUGAAAAAUGCUCAGAAGCUACAGGAAGACUUCUACUUCAGUGCUUUCCAUCCAGUUGAGCAUUACACUCUUGAGACUGUCUUCUAUGAUCUUCCACGGUUAGCCAACAUCACCUGUGAGGAAUGGAUUUCCACAGCUCUCUUGAAGUUGUGUGGCAUGUCCAGGAUGAAUCACAUUGCCCUGGAAAACUCAAACAUUGCUCUUAAGCAAUUUAAUGCAGCUGCUUGGGUUCUAAAGACCUCAACGGGCACUGAGGACAAUGGUGCUGACAUGAUAGGAGUCCAUAAAAACGUUCAGAAGAAGUUGGUACCCUGGUGUUCAACAUUUCCUGGUCAAGAUCUCGGAUCGGAACUCAGACAGAAACGAGAGGAGGGACUUAUAGUCGUAGCAUCUCUCAUUGACCGUCUGCCUAAUCUGGGUGGCCUGAGUCGUACCUGCGAAGUUUUUGGAGUCUCAGAGUAUGUUGUGGGAAAUCUCAAGUAUACCGAGGACAAGCAGUUUCGCAGUUUGAGCGUAACUGCUGAACAGUGGGUUCCAAUAUCAGAGGUGAAGCCUCAAUUUCUGUCCAUGUACUUGGAGGCCAAGAAAAAGGAUGGUUACACAUUGAUUGGAGCUGAGCAGACAUCAAACAGCACUCGGCUGAAUGACUUCAAGUUUACUCAGAAAACCCUUCUCCUGCUAGGCAAUGAGAAGGAAGGCAUCCCAGCAGAUCUCCUACCAUUUUUGGAUGUUUGUGUAGAGAUCCCCCAGGAGGGGGUUGUACGCUCCCUGAAUGUUCAUGUGACUGGUGCACUAUUUGUGUGGGAGUAUAUGAGACAGCAAGCUCUGGCAGGAACACAUUCAAAUAGAGUUCAUUCACAAGAAGAGGAAACAUGACAUAUUGCAUUAUUUCUGCAUGUCCUGUCUUAAUAAAAUUGUGGUAAUUAAAUUAACAAGCUCUAUGGAGCUGAGUCCUUGAAAAGCCAACAGUUGCUAAGCUACUUUAGAAAUUCCCAGCAUUUUAUGAAACACAAAAGUUCACUAUCGUGUUCACAAAAUCCCACCAUUGGUCCAUAUCCUGAGCCAUAUGAACCCAGUCCACACACCCCAGUCCAUCUCUGUAAGAUCUAUUUGCGGUCCCCUUCCUUGCAUGCUACAUGCCUUGCCCAUCUCAUACUCCUUGCCUUGAUAAUUCUAACAAUAUUUGGAUAGGAGUACACGUUAUGAGGCUGCUCAUUAUGAAUUUUUCUCUAGCCUCCUAUUAUUUCAACACUUACAUCAAACUAUUCUACUUGGUAUCCUGUUCUCAGACGUCCCCCUUCUGUGUUCUUCCCUUAGUGUGAGAGACCAAGUUUUAUAUCCAUACAAAGCUAGAGGAAAAAUUACUUUUUCAUAUAUUUUAAUCUUUAUGUUUUUAAAUAACAGGUGAGAAAAUGAAAGAUUCUGAACUGAAUGGUAGUAAGCAUUACCUGAUUUUAAUCUGCUCUUAAUUGCCUCAUAAGUCAGUAUGUCAGUGUUGGUCUCAAAUACAUGAACUUUGUUGGAUGUCAGUGGAUUUAUUAGCUUU